AUGGCUGCUGUCUCUGCACCACGCCGGACGCCCUCCUAUGGCCCCAGGUCGCCCACGCUCAGCGAUGCGGGCAUGAUCCUGCCCGUCGUCUUCGAGGUCGACUCCACACGCCCAGAAUCGCCAGCACCCUACAUGGAAAGACCGCCUUCACCGCCAGCGCUGUACCCACAGACACAUUCGAGUCACGUUAAAUUGACUUCCGCCCCUCAAUGCCGGCGCCGCGCCUCGCCUCAGACAAAGUCGUCUCCAUCCCUAUCCGCACAGUCCUCGCGCUCCACGCUGCGCACCAUGACCGACUCAGGAGCCUCGCAUCAGCCUGCUAUGAUCCGCAAUGGUGCUUUUGCCUCGUCGCCCACCGUGGAAAAUGCCCUGGGCAGCCACCCGCCCAAUGGCGACUGGCAAGGGCAUGACCGGCGCCGACUCAGCACUGCGUCGAGUUCAGUGCUCAGUGCGGACCUCGACAAUUGGCCCGGAUUCGACAGCCAAUUCGACAAGCCCGACGGUUAUGAUGACAGCGGCAUAGACCUGGUGGAGAAGCGCGACCACUCCAGCCCCGAGACAGACAUGAUGGGCGACGAACGCUGGCUGCAUGAACACAACAGCGGCAGUGACGAUGACGACGACCCAUACUCGUCUGCCGCCCUCAGUCGGCGGGCUGAGAUCAUCCUGGCCAAUGCAAAGAAGCGACUCAACGUAUGUGUGACCUCUGACCCCGCCGACCGCGGUCCCAUGGACCACGACACUAACAAGGGCAGGUCAUGGAAGCACGUCUCUGCCACCAGAGAGCGUGACAGACGACUUUACUCUGGCAUGGGCCCCAUUCCCCCACGCAUCCAUUCCUAUCGAAGCUCUCAGCUAGCUGCCAACAGCAUUACGACACACUCGCGAGGUUUGAGUGAAACUUCUGUCCCGCUUCCCUUCAAGUCCUCGUUCAUGUCCAGGAGUCUUUCCAAUAAGAGAGCAUCAAGUGCCAUAGGCCACACGAGCGGUCCGUGGGCACAAGAGGGAUACAAACAGGGUCGCUUUCCCAUCAAGGAGUCGCGUAGUCACGAAGUGCUUCGUGAUCCUCGCUCCACUUGGACCACCACUGCAGAACGAGAACCUGUCGUGAGAUCGCACUCGCGAACUUCGAGGUCCCCAAGUGCUCUGGAGACAUUGCCGGAAGAUGAGGAUGGCGCCAGACUGCACCGAUCUGCGUCGGCUGCAAGUGGUCUGCGCGAUCAAGUCAACGAUCUAAAAGGCAGAAUCUCUAGCUUGAAACUGAAAGCACAGGAGGACCAUCUCAGACGGUGCAGCUUGCAGAAUCUCCGUGCCUCGAGCCCUUUUACCGCUGCAAAAACUUGGCAAUCUGGAGUAUAUUCGCAGUCACUAGGCCCGUCCCCUUUCACUGCGGAUGCAGGCCUGGGUAUCAAGACAGACUUCCCUGCCCGAACAACGUCGUAUGCAAACGACAACUAUAGCCGGCCGCGAACUGCCACCACGACUUCCUCUCAGCGGGAAGGCGAGGAGCUUGUCAAUUACGAAGUCAAAGAGCAAUACGAGCCAACCAACAGCCACGUGUAUUCUGAGCAGUACACCCAAGACCAUGCAAGGUCUUCCCAUCGAUCUGAGGAUUUCGAGGACAAUGUGGUUGCAGAUGAGACAGACGAGGACUUCAUGUCUGCUGCAGAGGAGGAGGAUGAAGAGGAAGAAGCAGAUGCCGUACCAGGGGGCGAUAGCGUGUACGAGGAUGCUGUAUACGAGCUGCAACCCACUGAGAGGCAUGAGGAUCGCGUUGAUGCUUUUGACUACGAGCACUUCUUCUUGCACAGCGCCAUGGGAACCUACAGCGUGCAAGGUCGUCGGUCGAGCACAAGUUCUGGCAGCUCAAACGCUACCACCCGGCCUGUAACAGCUCUACAGACGGCAGAGGAUGUGAGUGGCCAUGAGAAGAGGAGCUCAUUGCAUGGCCGUAACCCAAGCGUUUCAUCUAUUUCCACUGUGGCUUCGUUCGCCACCGCCGCCGAAGAGCAAGAUGAUGACGAUGCCAAUGAGCAGAUGGAUCAAUUUUCUCAACAACUUCUCUCGACCCAAACCCCAUUUGCGAUGCGUCCGGAAGCGCAAAGUGGACUAGGUACCCUUCGUACAGAUUCGGCAAUCAAUAUGAGGCGCGGCAUGGGCUCGUCGCCAACCCUGACCAGCGUGUCCCGCGGCUCGUCUACGCCUACCGAGCUUGCUCACGGACUGCAAACUUCCAAGAUCUUCUCCAUCCUGACGGAGCGGUCACGAGAUGAGCCGCGUCUUGCGUUGAGCGAGGAAGAAACGCAAUUGAUCUAUGGUCUUGCUGCUAGCAUGACGAGCGUAUGCGCCAGCCUGCAGAAUACCCAUGGAGAAGCGUACGACCGAAAAGCGUGGCGACGACGCCUGGAUGAAGCUCGCCGAGUGCUCAACGGCGAGGAGAUUGGGGACGACCAAUCCUUUUGA